AUGGAUGCAAGCAACUUAAGGGUCGCGCAAUUGAAAGAAUUGUUACGGAAGCGUCAGUUGUCCACGACGGGAUGCAAGACGGAAUUGAUCGCCAGAUUGCAAAUGACGGACCCUGAAGGACAGUGGAUGCAAGAUUCGACUAUUGUGGAAGAAAGUGCAGCGGCGUCGAUUGAAGACGGAGAGGGGGAGGAAGACUUCCCGGCGGAGCCACGGCAAGAUAUGCGUGACAAAAGAUAUGAGACGUCGGAAGAUAAUACAAGAGAGCUCGAGUUUUUGAGGCUCAAGGGAAGAGCACUAGAAUGGUUCCAUUCGCGUCCCGAACACAUCGGAUUGAGUGUAGACGAGAUAUUGAUGGAAAUGAAGAAGAUGUUCGACCAGCAACAAAGUAUAUUAAAGUGGCGUAAACAAUUCGAAGAGCGAGUUUGGAAGACGGGAGAAAGUUUUAGUGCGUACUUCCACGAGAAAAUUAUUUUGGCGAACAGAGUCCCGAUAGAGGAGGAAGAAUUAACAGAAUAUCUAGUGGAAGGAAUAACGAGUACGCAAUUGCGUAAUCAAGCACGGCUGCAACAAUUCUAA